AUGCCCAGGCCAAAAGCCCCUCCAACGCCGAUUGGAUCAACAGACCUCAAAGGCCUCGAAAAGGUAGUUCACUUUGCUGACAUGGAGUCCAUGUUCAGACUGCCACCUCCAGCCUUGCGAUCGACCGAGGGGGGUUCCUCGUCAUCCUCUUCGAACCACGCUACAAAAGGCAACAUUCCUCGAGACCAAAGCGGCAAUAGCACAACCUCUGGCUAUUCUCAAAGUACCCCUCCUAUUUCUCCUCAGGACAAACCACUCUCUACGAGUCCUCGACACAAGAGAACUGCAUCGGGAGCUGUCAAGACCGCCCAGGACCCUGCAACGGGCAGUGGUCCCUCGAACAACUCGUCUUCGUCUUCUUCUUCCUACACUCUCCCUCCUCCCCCAAGUCGAGCGAGGAAAAUCAUCCAAAUGAAGCCGAAAUCUGCGCGCUCUCCAGACAGCGAUGCCAGCUACCAGCCUCCCACGUCUGCGGCGAGUGCAGCGUCCAACUCGGGCGCAAAAGCGACGGGUGCCUCUGCGAACUCGAAGCGGAAACAGCCUUCCGCCACGAGUGCGGCCGGUCGAAAGAUUGCACGCAAGACUGCACACAGCAUCAUUGAACGACGGAGGCGAAGUAAGAUGAACGAAGAGUUUGGAGUGCUCAAAGACAUGAUCCCGGCCUGUGAGGGCGUCGAGAUGCACAAGCUCGCCAUUCUCCAGGCGGGGAUCGAGUACGUUCGAUAUCUCGAGGGCUGUGUUGCCCAGCUCAAGGGCGAGAACGAGAAGCAGUCAAGGACGUUGGUUCUUGAACAGCAAAGCCACCCUCGCCAUCGCGAAGCCGACGCUGAGCUCGACGCCGAGGAAAAUGAAGAAGAUGAAGAGGUGGAAGAGGAGGAAGAAGGGGAGGAGGAUGAUGAUGAUGAUGAGCGCGACGAGGACCAGCACGGCCGUGAGGCCGAAGUGCCUGCUGAAGCAGUCCGGCCGAGCAAAGUGGGCAAGCACUCCAAGGGCGCCGUCGUCAGCGGCGACAAGUGGCAGUAUAGAGACGCUCGCCGAUCCCCGCUGGCUUCUUCGUUGUCUAGUAGUUCGGCACGUGCCUCUGCUGCACAUACCUCGUCUCGUCAAGACAGUUACGGCAGGACCAGGCCAGGCCAGCUCCCUCCCUACUCGAAAUCACCCUCUCAAGUCUCCACAUACGCAGCAUCUUCCACUCCUACGCCGACGUUGCUCAGUCCCGCAUUCAAUGCGAUCCAUUUCUCACCUGACCUUACCCGCACGCCCACGGGGGGCAGCACUGGCGGUGCUUCACUUGUGGCAUCGGCGUCGGCGACCUCGUCGAGUUCUUGGACCACGGUCAACCCGAGCCCUGGUCUGGCGCCACUCCCGUCGCCAAAGGCGGCGCUCAAUCUCCCCCUGCCCGUACCCACGUCAGCGGCGGCGGUGAUGACGCAUCUGCAGUUGCCGCAGCCGCACAGCGGCAAUACCGCCCAUGCCUCGCAAUCGCAGCACGAGAGGGAAGCGCACAGCAAGUCUCCCGCGGCAUUGAGCGAUUCGUCUGGGACGGCAGAGGCGACGGCAGGUGCUGCGUUGAUGAUGUUGACCAACGAGUGGAGAGGGUCUGUUUCGGGGGCUUCGGGGCCUGCCUCAGAGGUCGGAGAGAGGGGGAAAGCAAUGAGUGUCAGGGAUCUACUGAGCUCAUGA